AUGUCUGAUAGUUAUACAUUAUUGAAAAACGUGGAUCAUUUGCAAUGCGAUGAGAAUUUGGUAGAAGACGAUGAAGAAGACGACGAAAAUCCACCACAUUUACAACCAAAUACAUCAAAUGUAGUGAUAGUUGAAGAAGAAGAAGAAGAUGAUGAAGAAUAUUUAGAAGGCGAGGAAGAUGAGACGGAAUUUUUGACAAGAUUAAUCGCAUCAGUUAAAGAGAUUCCUAUACUUUAUGAUCCAAUUGCACAGCGACAAAUAUCGAAAAAUCAUCUAAAUCGAGCUAGAGAUGAUGCUUGGCAUCGUCUUCAAAAUCAACAUCAAUUUAUGAAUAUUUCCCAACCUCUGGAGACAAUUUGGAACUCUUUAGUUGAUCAAUUCACAACUUCAGCUAAAGAAUCGAUGGAUCUUCGUUUGCGAGCAGCUUUGAAUUGGCUGGAUAGAUUUAUUGGGUAUUCAGAACCGCAGGCACCUCCAGAACUAUUGGAUGAUUCGACGUCGGUUCAGGAGGAUGUGAUGAUCAGUGGAUGUCGGACGAUUCCGAUGGUUUCGCAGCAGAAUCAAGGGGCGUCUGGGGGUGGAUAUGUUGUGGUGCAGCAGCAGCAGCAGGGAAGAGGUGGACAUGUUGCUGGGUGAGUGUUUUUGACGCGAAAAAUUUGAAUUUCCCGCCGAAAAUCUGAUGUUUUCUCAUUAGAGCGCAUUUGCCUCUCCGAAUUUGAAUUUUUCAUAAAUUUUUGGUUAAAUUUAUAUGAAAACCGGUCAAUUUUUAUCGAUUUUUGAGUCAAAAAUCGAUAUUUUCUCAUUGGAGCGCAUUUGCCUCUCCGAGUUUGGAUUUUUCAUCAAAUUUUGGUCAAAAUCCAUGAUUUUUGGUCACAAUUUUUGGCUCAAAAAUGUGAUUUUCCCUUUGAAAAUUUUAAAAUAACUGAGGAAUUCGCAAUUUUCUCAUUAGAGCGCAUUUGCCUCUCUGAAUUUGAAUUUUUCAUCAAUUUGUGGUUAAAUUUCUAUGAAAACAGUUCAAUUUUCAUGAUUUUUAAGUCAAAAAUCCGAUAUUUUCUCAUUAGAGCGCAUUUGCUUCUCCGAAUUUGAAUUUUUGAUCAAAAUCCAUAAUUUUUCACAAUUUUCGGCUCAAAAAUGUGAUUUUUCAUUGAAAACCUCUCCAAAUCAGAGAAAUUUCGAAAUUUUCAUCAAAAAUUAAUCCUGGAACUCGAAAAAUUCAUGUUUUUGGUCUAUUUUUGAUGAUUUUCUCUUUUAAAAUUUUUAAAUAACUGAGAAAUUCGCAAUUUUAUCAUUAGAGCGCAUUUGCCUCUCCGAAUUUGAAAAUUUCAUCAAUUUUAGGUUAAAUUUAUAUGAAAACCGGUCAAUUUUCAUGAUUUUUGAGUCAAAAAUAGAUAUUUUCUCAUUAGAGCGCAUUUUCCUCUCCGAGUUUGAAAUUUUUCAUCAAAUUUUCGGCCCCAAAAAUCCAUUUCCAACUCAUUUUGACAUAAGAAAUGCUCGAAAAUUCAAAUUCCAAAUUUUCCCGCCAAAAAUACCACCCAAUUUUCAGUCAAAAUCCACGUGUCUAUCAACACCAACAACAUCAACAGGUCUCGAAUGGAAAUGCACGUAGAUUAGUGGUAGGUUUCUCUGCGUCUCUCGAUUUCCCACACUCUCUCGCUCUCUCUCACCUUGAUAAGAAAAUAGAGAAGAGACAGCGAGAAGGUCAACAACAUUUCGGCGGCGAGCGAUUGUUGCACUCACAGCCGAGUGGUUAACACUCGCGCCUGGCGAGUGAGAGGUCACAGGUUCGAUGCCCGACGGGUGCAUCGCAAUUUUUCAUUUCGGAAAUUGUGUGCAACCUAUUGGGCUAUAGCAAUUAUCUGCAGUAUCUGCUCAUUGAUCGUGUUGUAGUCAAUGAGCUCGUAGUCCGAUUACAUUUUUGCUCAUUUUUUGGGGGAUUUAGCCUAAGUUCCGACUCAUUUUCCAUAGAAAAACCCAAAAUUUUGCAGGUUUCUUCCACACAUCCACCGCAAAAUCAUCAACAAUACAAAAGAUCACACCCGCAACUUCAGGCGGUUAAAAAAGAGGAUUCGAAUGUGACAACAAUGAUGGUUGAUAUGACAACAUAUUAUGAUAAUGGAAAUGGACAGAAAUUGUAUCGAUUGAUGACGGUUCCGCAGAAUGGAGGUGGAGCACAGCAAAGACAGCAAUAUCAUGUAGGUUUUGGUGGAAAAUUCAGAAAAUUUGGAGCAUUUUGAGCCAAAAUUCAUAAAAAACGCACUUUUUUGAGCCAAAAAACACGUUUUUCAUCAUUUUUCGAGGUGUAAACGUGGAGUGUCGUUGUUUUCGGCAUUUCAAACGAUACUCCACAUUGACGGGGUCAUUUUUCUCGAAUUUUACACCAAAAACCCCCGAUUUUUCCAGAUUCCUCGCUCACAAAACAUCGAAUACGACAUGCCACCCGAACCCAUCAUCGAAUCCUCGAAUUCUUCCGAUCAUCAAGUUCCGCCGCGCAAAAAAAUGGCACCAAUGCCACAAAUGAUCACAACAACAUCCACGACGAGCACCAGUACAAUACAAUCGAAUAAUCGAGUGGAAGGUGAGCGUUUUUGGCGCCGUAAACGCGGAGUAUCGUUUGAAACGUGAAAAACUACGAUGCUCCAUGUUUACGCGGUCAUUUUUCAUGAUUUUUGAUGGAAAAUGACCCCGUAAACGUGGAGUAUCGUUUGAAACGCGAAAAACUACGAUACUCCACGUUUACACCUCGAAAAAUGAUAGGAAAUUGAAUUUUUUGAAUUUUCAAACGUUGCUCCACGUUUACGCGGUCAUUUUUUAUGGUUUUUGAUGGAAAAUGACCCCGUAAACGUGGAGUAUCGUUGAAACUACGAUGCUCCGCGUUUACACCUUGAAAAAUGAUGGGAAAUUGAAUUUUUUAAUUUUCAAACGUUGCUCCACGUUUACGCGGUCAUUUUUCAUGAUUUUUGAUGGAAAAUGACCCCGUAAACGUGGAGUAUCGUUUGAAAUGCAAAAAACUACGAUACUCCACGUUUACGCGGUCAUUUUUCAUGGGAAAUUCGAAUUUUGGCUCAAAAUCCUCAGUUUUUCACCAGAAAACAUGAUUUUUGACCUAUUUUCGUUGAAAAUUUCGAAUUUUCCACUUCCAGAUAAUCGAAUUGUUGCUGGCGGUGUUCCAAUUGCCGAUGAUGAAAUCAUAGAUGAUGGAAUACAGGAAAGCACAAUUGUUAUUGAUCCAGAUGGACAUUUACGUGAGUUUUUGGCUGAAAAUGGCUGAAAUUUUGGAUUUUUCAUUGAAAAUAACCUAAAAUUCAUGAAAUUUGGCCUAAAAUGAGUCAUUUUUCAUGAUUUUCACCAAUUUUGUUCCAGACGAAGAAUCUCCGCUGCUGAAUGCCUCCCCUGAUGUUAUGAUAUCCGGACAAUCAACAUCGAAUCGACAUCUGACACCUUUGUUGAAUAAUGAGCCAAAAAUGGGAGGAUUACGCGAGGCACAGAUUCCUGGAACUUCUGGAACUCAACAAAUGCAUCAUCAGCAUAUUUGUGAGCAUUUUUGGAGCAUUUUCAGCCAAAAUUUAAGAUUUUUGGAGCAUUUUGAGCUGAAAAUCGAGAUUUUUUGAGAAUUUUGAGCCAAAAUUUGAGAUUUUUGACCCAAAAAAUUCAUCUGGAAACCUCGAAUUUUGCCACGUAGAUUUUUUUGGCGCCAAAAAUGGGUCAUUUUGAUACUAAACAAGCCUAUGGGAGUACUGUAGGUUUUGGCGCCAAAAAUUCGAAUUUUCUGCGCCAAACGCGAAAAAGUCAAAAAUUCAAAUUUCGCGCCAAUUUUUUUUUGCGCGCGGGAAAUUUUGAAAAUUCAAAAUUUCGCGCCAAAAUCUACAGUAACCCUAGGCGUAUUUAGUGUCAAAAAUCCCAAAUUUUCGCGCCAAAAAUCUACAGUACCCAAUUUCCACGUGGCUUUCAAAUCCAAUUUUUUCUAGCUCGAACUGGUCGCCCUGAAGAACUCGAAGAUCCCGUUGAAACUGCCACCGCUGAAAUUCUCGAGCAACAAAAUCAAUAUGAUGCUGAUCUGCAAUUUCAGCAGCUGAUUAGCUCACAUUUGAGCAGGCUUAGUGAUGAUGAUGUGAGUUUUUUGACCGAAAAUUCAUGAAAAAUGCAAAAAAACAACGAUACUCCGCAUUUACACCUUGAAAAAUGAUGGAAAAUUGAAUUUUUUGAAUUUGCAAACGUUGCUACGCGUUUACGCGGUCAUUUUUCAUGAUUUCUGAUGGAAAAUGACCCCGUAAACGUGGAUUAUCGUUUGAAAUGCUGAAAACUACGAUACUCCACCUUUACGCGGUCAAUUUUCAUGAUUUUUAGUGGAAAAUGACGCCGUAAACGUGGAGUAUCGUUUGAAACGCUGAAAACUACGAUACUCCACCUUUACGCGGUCAUUUUUCAUGAUUUUUAGUGGAAAAUGACCCCGUAAACGUGGAGUAUCGUUUGAAAUGCUAAAAACUACGACACUCCGCAUUUACACCUGAAGUUAAUUUGCAGAAAGCAAUUAUGAAAUAUCAUAUGCAGCGAAUUUUGUUGGACGCUCGAUUUGGCGAAGGAACCGCGAAGCAUAUGAUACCGGUUGGUUUUUUUUGAAUUUCCCGCCAAAAAUGCCACGUGGCAGAUGGAAUUUGCGAUUUUUUGAUACCAAACAAGCCUAGGGUUACUGUAGGUUUUGGGGUCAAAAAAACUACAGUAAUCUUGAUGUUUUGGUGCGAAAAUUUGGGAUUUUGAACAAAAAACGUGGCACAAGGAUCUACAGUAACCCUAGGCUUAUUUAGACUCAAAAAAUCCCAAAUUUUUCGCGCCAAAACCUACAGUAACCCUAGGCUUGUUUAGAUUCAAAAAAUCCCAAAUUUUCGCGCCAAAACCUACAGUAACCCCCCGAUUUUUUCCCACAGGAAGUCGAAAUUCUGGAACACGACGGAGUUGAAGAGGGCGAAGUUGUUGUCCAUGGUGAAACUUCGAAUUCGUCUCAACAGCAGCAAAAACAGCGAUUCAAUCAAUAA